AUGGUAAGACAUUUCGGGACUCUAACGCGGCAGGUUCCAAUCCAAGCCUCUCGACUGCCUUUCUCGGUCCCCUCCCGUUACUGCCGUCCCGCUUUCCGUAAUCUCGGUUUCUUCACGCCCAUCCUCCACUUGCCGCUUACGAUUUCCCCCGUUUCGAGCCGACUUAAUACCCGCUUUCCCCCGCUACCUGGCGUCACGCUCUUCCUAACCAUAGCUGUCGCUGUCGCGCUCUCGUCUCCCGCUCCCAUUCCUCCUUGUAGCUUCACCCCUCUUCUCCCGCUUCCAAUCCCCUCUCCUGCCCUACCCCUUGUCGCUCGCUCUCAUCCCCCUCUGACUCCUCACCCUUCGUCUCCCAUUCCGAAAUCCCCCAUCCCUCAUCCUUCAACAACGCCCAACCGGAACAAGACAGGCGGGCGCUCACCUUUUCCCCACCAUUCCCCCAAUCGCCCUUCCCCCACCUCCCCCCCCCAGUCCUCGUCAUUCAACAGGUCGCCAGGCCAAUCCGUGCACAACCGGGGUAAGACAGCCGGGUCAGGCGGAGCAAGCCGAGGGGUUGCUGCUGCUGCUGCUGGUGGUGGUGGUGCUGGUGGUGGUGCUUCAGAAGCAUGGUUGCCCGAGAGUGCAUUCCCCAGUGCUGCCCCGACCGCUUCUCCCUCGAGUGCUGGAGCUCCCAUGGGUGCUGCGACUGCUGAUGGCAAUGGGUGCUCUGGUAUUGGCAGCGGUGCAGGGGUGGGGUUAGGAGAUACGAGAGGCGGAGGGGGGGAUGGAGCAGUGGGAUGGGGGGGAAGAGGCGAGGUGACAGACGUAGGGUUGAGCUUGAGAGGGGAAGAUUCGGCGCCGCUGCUGCCCAAGCGGCUGCACUUUGAACAACUGGCAGCCCCAGCCCCGGGCUUGGCCUCCUUCCCUGUGCCGGUUCCUGUCACAGCCGCGAACCAGGUCCCUUUGCAACAUCCCCACGGCGCAGCGCAUCAACAGCAAGUACCGUACCAGCAAGAGCUUCAGCAGCAGCAGCAGCAGCAUCAGCAGCAGCAGCAGCAGCAGCAGCAGCAGGCAUCACAGCAGAGGCAGCAGCAGCAGGCAGGGCAGCAGCAGCGUUCAGAGUAUCGGGACGUGGAGAGCACGGAUGGGGCGAGCUACGAUGUGCUGUGUUGGGCGUGCGGCCUCUGCCUCUCCCUCCCCUCCUUCUCCCCCAACUUCAAAUGCGGCUACUGCGGAGCCCUCACGCUGCACCUCCACUCCUCACCCUCCCCCUCCGCUUCCUCCUCCUCCGCUGCUGCUCCUUCAUCCUCCUCCUCCCCUGCAUCAAAGGCUGCUACGGAGUCGGAUAAGCCGUUGGGGAGGAGGAGGUGCAGGGCGUGUAUCGCAGCGUGGGAUAUGCUGGUGCUGACGGUGGUGAUUCUCCUCAUCACGUUCAUUAUUGUUGGCGGCAUCCUCACCACCUUCCCCAUCAUCUGUCCCCUCCACCCUCCCUUCUCCCACCGCUACCCUCCUCCGCCUCGUCUCCUCCCCGUGCCGCUCCCCUUCCUCCUCCACGCCCUCAUCACACUCCUCCUCUCCCUCCAAACCGUCUUCAACUUCCUCUGCUCCGCUCUCCUCCCCGCCGGCCCCGUCACCCGUGUUGCUUUCGGCUCUGCAGACAUGCCAACUGUAUCGGCAGGUUCGUUUGACGGCUGGCAGUUGUGCCGCCGCUGCGACCCGCCCCGAGCCAAGCCCCCUGGUGCCCACCACUGCAGCAGCUGCGGCACGUGCGUUAUGGACAUGGACCAUCACUGCCCCUUCAUCGGCAACUGUGUGGGGCGGGCCAAUCAGCGCCACUUCCUGCUCUUCCUCCUCUCCACCAUCGUCAGUUGCAUCUAUGUUGCCCUCAUGGCCUCAGCCACCCUCUAUUUCCUCCUCCCCACACUCGACGUCACGCCUCACAUGCCCCACAACCCCCCUCACGACCUCACCUCUUUCGUCUCCACCGCCACAAAAGCUUUUGCCGCUGCCCUUUGGGCUGCCCGAAAACAACUCCCAAUCCGGGCGUUUUUCGCCUUUUACCUCUUUAUAGUCGCACUCGGUACAGGGAUCUCCGUCUCGCUGUUGCUGUACCAGCAGCUGGACUUCAUUCUAUCCGGAGAAGGGGGUUAUGUAGAUGCAUUAAAGGCAAAGAAAGGAGCCGGAAAUAACAAGGUGAUGUGGGAUGGGCCGAAAAGGGUAGUGCCAGCAAGAGUAGUGGAUUCGAGCAGGGGAGGUGGGACUUGUUGGCCUUGUGGGAAUGGGGUCUGGUUGAGUUUGUUCAAUCGCUCCGGUUCGGAGGUGUCUAGAGCUCUGAAGGGGGUGUUUGGAUCUGGCAAUCCCUGGUUCUGGUGCUGUCCUCGUUUAAAAGCCCCUAGAGGGUCGCUAGCAGCAAAUUACAAUGGGGUUAAGUACCUUUGA